GGUACCGAAUGGCGCCCAGUGGGAACAGCAGCGGGGCGACACGGGGGCAAAACCUCCCCGGCGGCCCCCAGAAGUGCUCGGGUGGGCGACGGGACGCUGCUGUAGACAGAGCUUUAAUAUUUCAUUUUGAACGGGAUUUAGAAGAAGAACGUCGGGCAUUGAAAGAAAAUCAACAAAUAUGUCGGAGUAGGGCACACAAAUAUUUGAUAGAGACAAACAGAAGAAGAAAAGCCUUUGAAGAAAGACAGAAGCAAGCAGAAGAAAAAGAACGAAGAUUUAGAGAACGAGUUCUGCAGCAGAGGAAAAUGAAACUCCAGGAAGCCACUGAUAAGUUCCAGCGUGCUCAUCUGCCUUUUUCUCAGCACAAGCAAAUAGCUCUAAUCCCUGUAGUUCAGACAAAAGCAGCUUUUCACUUAGAAGAAGCUCUUGAACAAAUUAAAGGAUCAGUUUUAACACCAGAACUGGGCUUGCCCGGCAGAAACAAAAACAACUUCAGAACCACAGAUGACACUUCAUCCUCAUCAGCAUCUAGAAAUGGGUCUUUCCAUCAGAAGCAGAUUUCAGCAAUGGUUGGCUGGGAUAAAACAAUACAAGAGAGCAAUAGAACAAACAUGGAUAGUAAUCAACUUCUCUUCCAGAAAAAUCUGAAAGAAAUGCAACAGCUCCUUGAAAAACAACAUCUGAGGAACUCAGAGAAUUUUCAUCAAGAAGUCAAGAAAACAUAUGAUUCAGAAAGCCUGUCAAGCCUUGACAGUCUUGAAGUUGGAGAACAAAAUGGAAAUUACACAACAGUGAGUGAAUCAUCUUUGACUACGCAGUGUGACUGUGCCCUGUACAAUCCAGAAAAGUCACAGAGUGGGAAUAAUAGUUUGCUUUAUACAGCUCUAAGUACUUCUAAAAAUACGCAUCUAAAUAAUUGUCUGAGAAAUGUAGGAUCGCAAUACCACCACAACUUACCUAUUCACGAUCUUUUAGCUAAACAUAACGUUCUGACUCCUGCUGAACAUGUAAACAGUUCAGAAGAGGAAUCAUCUGCUUCUUAUAGAUCUGGAAUAAAACCUACAGAGUUCUUGACCUCUGGUAAGGAAGAAAGCUCUCUAAGUAAUGCAUUUAGUUUUCUGCAAAAUAUAAACGAAGAAAGAAGCAAGGCAUCUUCUGGAGCGGCUAGCACAAAAGCCACGGGUCAUCCUGUUUUCAAUCCUAGCAAAGCCUGGGCCAGCCCUGAUUCUAUUCCAGGAGAAAGAGUUCAGGAUCUGAUGCAAGAUCAGAGUUUUAAAAUGAUCCCACAAAAAAGAACUAUAUCUGUACAAAACUCCAGUCAACCUAUUGCAACAUCUGUAAUCUUAUUUCCUAAUCAGAGAUGUUCCUCUGGCAUUCCCAGCACAGCUGAUACAUUACCAAAGGACAAAAACAUCAGCAUGAACUUUUUGAAAAGCACCUCAGGAAAAAUGACUGAAACAAAAGGUGAAAAUAUUAAAUGUAUUGAUGGUGUUAAUCCAGGAUCCUCUUUAUUUCAGGAUGUACCAAAUGCCUCAGUUCUGUGUCAUGUUAAGCAACAGAAUAACAAAGAGGAAGAAAACUCUGUAUCUGAUACAGAGUUCAAUUCUGGCAGUCCUGCACAGCACAAAAGCAUGAAAACCAGUAUUCUUGAAAGAAAAAGAGUCAGGUUGUUCAGAAGUAUCUUAAAGAAGGAUUCUGAUUACAAACCAGGUCAUUUCAAAUCUAUGGUUAUGAACCAUGGGGUCAGUUUUGGAACCCGACCCUUGUCUUCUAUCAGAGACAGUUUAGAGCUGGCAAAAAUAAAACAGAAAAGUGCAGAAAAUGAAAAAUACAAUAGGAAGCUAAGAUGGUGUGAUCAAAUUAACCAGAUAAUAAUAGAAAAUAAUGGAAAAUGCUUUGAAAAAAACAUCAGUGAAUUAUCUUCCACACAGCUGCAAUGUGUUCAAACUACAAAUAACACUCCCAAGAAUAAUUUAAGUAUCAUUGCUCAACCUUCAAACCCCACGUUCAUAAAAAAUCAUCAGGAAAACUCUCAUGUACCAAAACAAAAUGUUAAUACUGAAGAAUCAAAUAAAGAAUGCACAUCUCUGAAUAUGUUUAUGUCUAGUGGAUCCUUUUCUGCUAAAAAUAGUUGGAUGGCAUCAAAAGAUGAAGAGAGUAAGUCCGCAGUACAUAGCAAUAAUUCUAAAAUUAAUGGAGGUAAUCAACUCAAAAAUAAGGCCUGGUCAAGUUUUGUGUCCAAGAAGAGAACAGGCAUUAAAAUCCAACCGCAGUCGGCCUCUGAGGCCAACAGAGCUCAAAGAGCUCCAGGGAAAUUGCCAGCACCUCACCCACCAUCCACACCUCUGGCAGGAAACAGAAGUGGCCAAAAUGCAGCGAGCCCUGGGUGUCAGCCACUGCUGCCUUCAAGUCUUCAAGCUACUGCUACAAGCAGGAAUGAUUUAAAGGAAAGGCAUGUCGUGUUGGCAGAUGGGGUUUUAAAUAGAAGCACUACAGAAGACAGUGAGAGUAUUACUUGUCGUUCUGACUUGGCCACUGCGAUACCUACACCUGGCUGCAGCACGGCCAAGCAUGAACCUUGGGCAAAAAAUACUUGUUCUGUAAACAGUGUUCAGACAAGCGCCUGUUGGGAUCAGUCAGUAACCUGCACUGAAAGAAGACCUGUUAAUGCACAAAGUGCGUUAUAUCUCCCUCGUACCCCAGCAGCUGGAAAAACAAGUACCUUCUGGCAAGGCGUGCGUACUGCCCCAGCUCCUAAAGGCUCUGCUACUGAUGUUGCUCCUGCUACAAGGAAGAAGCAAGUUUUUGACAACCAUGAAAUAAGACACAGAGGUUUUUCAGAUUCCAGAAGACAAAGUGUGGCUUCUAAAAGAUGGAAGCCUACUCAUCAUGCACAGAAUUUUUUGUGUACUGCCCAGCUGAGUCCUGUUCAAUCUGUGUUCGAUCCAGUACAAAGUACGAAUAACACCUCUAAGUCUGUCGAAGUUUCAGAAAGCACUGUUCAGUUUCUUAUGGCAGAAAAUCUAUCAAGUACAGCCCUUGCAGAGGAUGACAUCCUGGCAGCUAUGGAAAGCCUGCAGCCAGCCAGACAAUCCUUACUGCCCAACAGGGCACUGUGUCCAGGACUGAGUGCACUGUCAGUAGAAGAACAGAAUAUUUUCAAGUCUCUUGAUUAUCUCAAUCAAAGGCUACAGAAUGUUCAAGAAGCCAUUACCAGAAACCCAUCUGCUUCAAAUGUUUUGCAGCUAAUGACCCCUUUAAGUACUCAGCAAUGUGUACCCUUCCCUUUGGUAAGCACUGCAAAGGCUUCCCAGCAGUACCGAAAUGCCUCAGCUAGCAACCGAUUGCAAUUGUGCAGGAGAUGCUGACAUCAUCUGCACCAGGACACUGCAGCUCUCUGUACUUUAUGUGUAAUGUGUGCACUAUGUGAAACUGUAAAA